UUUGGCUCUCGCUGGGUUUGUGCCACUUGCAACUCCAACUACCGUUUCCUCGUGCUCGUGCCUUGUUCUCUCGAUUGUUUGUAGCUUACCAUUUCUAGAUUCCUCAAACAAUUCCGGUGAUAAAAGAAUUUGGUUGAGUCGUGAGAGAGGAGGGGAGAAGAGCCAGGUUGAUUUCCGGGGCAAGAUGACGGGGAAGGCGAAGCCGAAGAAGCACACGGCCAAGGAGAUUGCGGCCAAGAUCGACGCGGCCACGACAAAUCGCGGCGGAGGGAAAGCGGGGGUAGUGGACAGGAAGGCAUUGGACAAAGGCGGGCACGCGAAAUUGGCGUGUCCAAUUUGCAAGGCGACCGCGCCUGACGUGAAGAGCAUGUCCAUCCACCACGAGGCGAAGCAUCCGAAGCUGCCAUGGGAGGAGGACAAGCUCAUCAACUUACAUGCGACGGCCUCGACAGCUGAGGACAAGCCCAAACCCGGGGUGCGAGGCAGCUUGAAGAAAUGACCGCGUGGUUUAAUACAAUUCGUGUAUUAUAUCUGGGAGGAGUGACUUCGUCGAGUGUGAUAGUAAUGGCAAUUAUUGUCAUGGUUGGGUGUGAUAGUAAUGGUGUCUAUAUAUGACAAUGUGUUGCAGAUUCGAGAGAGAGAGAGGAAGAGAAGAGCUGAGUAGGAAUUCGUAGAUGGGGAACACACAAAGGUAGGAAGAAAGGAAGCCAGGAAGUUGGUAACACUACUCAUGCGCGUCUCGGUUUUGGAGCUAACGAUUGUUUUCAGGUACUUGUGAAGGUUUAGUGUGAAAAAUUGCGAGCCCGAAGUUACGCCGCUUCCGUGAAAGCACUUCAAGUUCUGAACGAGCGAUUUCUCAUGUUUUGUUCCGCGCUGGCUUCCCUAGAGCUCUCGCACAAAAUGAGCAUCUUAUUCUUGCAUACGAUUUGUAGUGGAACUUGCUGUGAUUUUCAUGAUCUGCUGCCCCUGCCCAGCACUAAAGUCUUCAUUUUCAUCAACUCCGUGCUUGUGUCUGGAGAUAGCUCCAACAUGGGUGCGCGUAAAAGAGAAGCCGAUGCUGGCCCUGCGACCUCUACAAACAUAAACCUGAACAUUUGCUCAGUAAGUAAUGAUGGAGGUAUUUGUGGUUGUCUACCCUCAAUGAAAAGCUGCCUGACAGAUCGCAAGGAAGAGCAUUUGUAGCCAUCUUUUGUUGUUACGCUCUCUUAAGAGAUUCUGUUCUAUUUUUGUCUGGACGUUCUGAAGCCCCGAACCUCUGUAGUCACUGAAAGGGAACAUUUUCCGCUGUUGGUUGCCGAUUGAGGGAGGCCUUAGCUGACAGGUUCAGACACUUCAUACAUAUCUGAAAUUACAACUAUUUGUAGAAUUGUCUUAUGGCCUCAAAGCUUUUUAAGGGGAGUAAAAGCUUUUUGUGUUGUUAAUUUUAUUGUUGGAUAUAAUUUCAGAGAAUUGAUAUA